AUGGGUUCUAGUUCUAUUGGAAUAACAGAAGUGAUGACCACUUCUGUGCCAAUGUUCAAAGGUGAUGGGUAUUAUCGGUGGAGUGUGAAGAUGGAAACCUUAUUUAGAAGUCAGAAGUUGUGGAAGAUUGUGGAAGAGGGGCCAUUGGAAGAAGAAUAUCAUGGCUCCUCAAAAAUUGUGACUGUGAGGAGGCAAACAUUAAGACAACAGUUUGAAUUACUCCAGAUGAAGGAGGAUGAAGAUGUGCAGCAUUAUGUUUCAAGAGUUGUGGCAUUGGUAAAUAGAAUCAAAGGGAUUGGUUUUGAAAUUGAAGAUAAAGAUGUGGUUUCUAAAGUAAUGAGAAGUCUAACACAAAAGUAUGAACAUGUGGUUACUUCUAUUGAAGAGGCAAGAGAUGUGGAAAAGUUGUCUUUGAAUGAGUUUAGUGGGAGUUUGCAAGCUCAUGAAGCAAGGUUCAAUGGAUAUGCUAAUAAAUUAUAUGACAAAGCAUUCUUUGCAAAAGGAGAGUCUUCUGGUGGUGGUACUUGUUAUGGCAGAGGAGAUGGUUAG